GCGUGCGCAGUGUGCGCGGGGUGCGCGCAAACUGGUUACGCCUGCGCCUGGCUUCACUGUUGCCCCCCUCCUUCCGCUCCGCACCCUCCCGCGCCCGAAUGGCCUGCAGUAUCGCCGCUAGCCAGGGGAAGUUGGCCGUUACUCAGCCACGAGAACCCCGGUGACUUGCCCUCUUUUGACCAGAAACCCACCACCUGGGCCGCGCGGGAGGAGCGGAACCUCUGAAGGGAGCGGCGACCCCGCCGACCCGGUCUCUUUCCCUGGCGGCGGCGGCUUCUUCCGUGGGACAAUAUGUUCAAGAGAAUGGCCGAAUUUGGGCCUGACUCCGGCGGGAGAGUGAAGGGGGUUACUAUCGUUAAACCAAUAGUUUAUGGUAAUGUCGCUCGAUAUUUUGGAAAGAAAAGAGAAGAAGAUGGGCACACCCACCAGUGGACAGUAUAUGUAAAACCAUAUAGAAAUGAGGAUAUGUCAGCAUAUGUGAAAAAAAUCCAGUUUAAAUUGCAUGAAAGUUAUGGCAAUCCUUUAAGAGUUGUUACUAAGCCUCCAUAUGAAAUUACUGAAACAGGAUGGGGUGAAUUUGAAAUAAUCAUCAAAAUAUUUUUCAUUGACCCUAAUGAAAGACCUGUAACCCUGUAUCAUUUGUUAAAGCUCUUCCAAUCAGACACCAAUGCAAUGUUGGGGAAAAAGACAGUUGUUUCAGAGUUCUAUGAUGAAAUGAUAUUUCAAGACCCAACAGCAAUGAUGCAACAAUUAUUAACAACAUCUCGUCAGCUAACCUUAGGGGCCUAUAAGCAUGAAACAGAAUUUGCAGAACUUGAAGUGAAAACCAGAGAAAAAUUAGAAGCUGCCAAGAAAAAAACAAGCUUUGAAAUUGCAGAGCUUAAAGAGAGGUUAAAAGCAAGUCGUGAAACCAUAAAUUGUUUGAAAAAUGAAAUCAGGAAACUUGAAGAAGAUGAUCAGACAAAAGACAUAUAAACAGCUCUAAAGAGAACUUGGUAUGUGCUAAUAAGGUGGACUUCAUUUAUGGAGAAGUGGACUUAAUACAGGUAACUAUUGAUGUUUCUUAGAGGAACUGCAUAUAUAUAGUUGUCAACUAUGGAUUUCUCAGCAAGUGUCAAAAUAUUCAAACAAUCUUUAAUGGAAAAUAUAUGUGUAAUAAGAAUGGAUUCUGACAAAAAAAAAAAAAGAAUGGAUUCUGUGUAAGCAUUUUUACCAAUCCAUUUUAGGUAAAUUCUAUAAUGUUAAGCAUGGUUUUUAAAAAUUUUUAUUGGAGUAUAUGAGUAUAGCUUAUUUUCCUUGUGGUAAGCAUCAAAAUGUCAUUAUAAAUAACCUGUACAAAUUUUUUAUUUCUGUAGUAGUUAGAAUUAACAAUAAGAUUCUAAGCAUAUGUAUUUGAUUUUUUCAGAGUCUUAUCUGCCCAUAUUCUACCUCUAUAGUAUAUGAUGCACUCAGUAGUAAUUAUUUAAUAAAGGUAGUUUUUGGACCUGU